GCCGUGAAUCCUCCGCAUGCAUCUACGAAGAGUGCUGAACAAAUCAUCUUGCAAUUCAGAGGAUCCUUCCAUCUAAAAAAAAAAACACUGCUAUCACAUUGCGUCUCUGUCGGUGUAAUGCGUACAUCGCUUGUGCGCUGGGCGGCGGCUACACGUCCGCUCUCCCCCGUCAAUGUCCUCAAUACAGUCCGCAACGAUCCCGGCAUGACCGCCGCCUACUACGCCAACCGCUACUAUGGCAAGGAGAACGUGAUGCAGGUGAAUCACAUGCUCUGGAGCGUGCUGAAGCGUGGCGGCAAGGUGGACAUCGACCGCGCAGAUGGGGCCGACGCACCGCCGCGGUGGUACCCGCUCUUCGCGACGCCGCGGCGCCACAACGUGCGUCAGCACAACGCGGACGAGGAGGAUUUGUCGCUUCUGCGGCGACCACACCCGCCGACGGCGCCAGUUGCUCCAACGAUGCCAUUCGGUGAGCCAACGAGUGACUGCCCAAUCGCGGCGACGUCGUCUUGGUCGUCAUCUGACAAACAGGAAGGCACGGAGGAGGCGGAGGUGAUGGCGUCGGAGGAACUAGAGAACGCCAUCGUUGGACUGGUGGAGGCGUUUCCUGGGCAGGACAUUCAACGCUACAUUGCGGAUCUGCCGGCGAACAUGCAGCGGAGGGCGCCAUCUGCGUUUAAGCGGUUAAGGGAGGCGGGGUUGCUGAAGCGUCGGGUAACGGAGCAAGGCACUUACGUUUGGGACUAA